AAACAAGACUGAAAGAGAGUCCGUUGCCUAGCAACUAACCAGUUACCAGAAGAUUGAAAUUUGUUUUCAUCUCUAUAUUUUCACUUAAUCAUUUAAUCACCAUCAUGAUUAACUCAUCAUUACUCAAUUGUAUUCUUGGUCCGAGACUUUACCGUGUCCAUGGAACUGCUGAGCUUACGGGUCGUGAUUACCAGGCCAAAGCAAUCGAAUCGAUUAGUGAUCGGAUCAUUCGUUUUAUGGUCUUCACUUGUUCCCUUGGUGUCUAUUCAUCACCAAUUUUACUCUUUUUCCUCCAUCGCCGUGGAUUCAUUACCUUGAGUCCAAGUGUCUCAGUUUCUCAUGAAUAUGUUUCCACCGUUGUUCGUCUUGGUGGAAUCUUAUCAAUCGCUGCAUUUGCUGCACUUAUAACUCGAGGAGUCUCACGACUACGAAACAGUGAAUAUGUAAAUUUCAUCUCUGUUCUUAAUCGUGUCAAGAAAAUGUCACCAGAGGAGAUGAAAAAUUCAACCUUCUUGUUAAACAGAUAUGAUUUUGAAUUUACUGAUUGGCCUGUUGAUUUUAAAUGGAAUGAAUCAAGUCUUGCAGAAAUUGGUAAACCUCCUGUUCCAUUGGCAAGACGAUCUCACAAUAACACUCUGGUAGAUAAGAUUCUAUCUAUUCCAUGUAACGUGUUAUCUUUUCUUGCUGUUCAUACAUUUGGCCGUCGAAUGAUUUAUCCUGGUUCUGUUUCACUUCUUCAAACUCUUGUCCAUCCAACUCUUGUUGAUGGAAGAAAACGACUCGUUGAACGUCAUAAGGGAAGAAGAUACAAAUUACUUGCACAUGAUGGAAAUGAAAUUGACGCCAUGUUUGUUGAUCGAAGAUCAGUUGGAACAGUUGGACAAACUUUGGUUAUUUGUUGUGAAGGAAACGCUGGAUUUUAUGAAACAGGAAUAACAGUUACCCCUCUUCACACAGAUUUUUCAGUUCUUGGCUGGAAUCACCCUGGUUUCGGUGGAAGUACCGGAAUACCUUUCCCUGAGAAUGAAGUUUCUGCAGUUGAUGUUGUUGUCAAGUUUGCUAUUGAUAAACUUGGUUUUAAUGAGAAAUCAAUAUUAAUCAUGGGCUGGUCAAUCGGUGGAUUUUCAUCUUCAUGGGCUGCAAUGACUUAUCCCAACAUUAAAGGCCUCAUUUUAGACGCUUGUUUUGACGAUCUUUGUCCUCUGGCCAUUGCUAAAAUGCCUUCAACAUGGAAACCGCUGGUUGUCAAUAUGGUGAAAAACUAUUUCAAUCUUAACGUUUCCGCUCAUUUGGAAAGAUAUCCUGGUCCAAUUCUUAUUAUCCGUCGCACACAAGAUGAAAUAAUCAAUAUUCGAGAAGAUGAACCAAUCAAAACUAAUCGAGCCAAUGAUAUUCUCAAUAAAUUAUUCAAAUCUCGAUUUCCAAUUCUCAUGAGAGAUGAUAAAGUUUGUGAAAUAUUAGAUAAAUGGUUAUCUGGUGGCCUUGAAAAUCAAAGAUCAGUGAGUCGUAGUAAAAAUGUCGAUCCAUCUCUUUGUAUGUCGAUGCUUAAAUCAUACAUCAAAGAGGACGAAGAAAACAGGUCUCAAUAUCCAUUAAUGAUCGGCGACGAGUUGGACUCAAUCCAGAGAAGCCAAUUAAUCUUAUUCCUUGCAUCUAAACAUUUCGUCGAUUUCAAUGAACAACAUUGUGCACCAUUACCAACCCAAAUAUUUACCGAACCCUGGAAUCUAUUCAAUGCUGUUAAGAACACAAGUUCAUUGUGAUUAAGUAAAAUCAAUUAAAGUAAAAAUGGAACCAAAGAUUACUGAUUAACGCUCAUUGCUUUUUUUUGGUGAUCACAAUCGUCAUUAAUUACUACAGUAUUUUACUCUUAUAUAAUGUAAAUGUUAAUCUGAUUUCUUGAUAACAAUCAACCUACCAGAUGAUUUAGCUUAUAUUGGUUUAAUUUGUUUUUCUUUCUACUUUGUAAAUUGUUUUUCCAAUAUUAUUCAAACAAAGACUAAUUUUUGUCAAUGAGCAAACUUAAUGAUCUUUGUUUUGAUUGGUAAAAAAAAAUGCUCGUAAAUCUAUUUACUACAUAAUAGUAAACUCUUUUCGAUAAUUUUCUCAAUGAGAAAACUCAAUUGAUUGUCAUCUUUAUCUUCCUAACUGUUGAUUGUCCAGAGGAAACUUUUUUCUUUGGAGUUUCAAUUGUUUCCUCAUUUCAUUUCAUCGUACAGAUUACAUGGGAAUUUCAAUCUCACUGAUUUAUCUCAAAUCCUCUUUCAUUGAACCGAAUCAACAACUAAUUAAUUAAACGAAACAGUAUUCAUUCAACAACAAUUAUUUAAGAAUUACAAUCAGUAAUCAUCAUGAUGGAUCAAUUUUUGUAAUGGUCAAACUAUUUUACUAAAUUAGAUUCUCGAUUCAAAUAAAUUGCAUCAGUUCAACUUGAA